GCUCUAGUCAACAAUCCGAAAAUAGAAGUUGUAGAUGGGAAGUAUGCUUUCAAACCCAAGUACAACUUGAAAGAUAAAAAGGCUCUGCUCAGGCUCUUGGACAAGCAUGACCAGCGAGGGCUGGGAGGAAUCCUUCUGGAAGAUAUCGAGGAAGGGCUACCCAAUGCACAGAAAGCUAUAAAGGCUUUAGGGGACCAAAUAAUUUUUGUUAAUCGCCCUGAUAAGAAGAAAAUUCUUUUCUACAAUGACAAGAGCUGUCAGUUCACUGUGGACGAAGAAUUUCAGAAGCUGUGGAGGAGCAUUCCUGUGGAUUCUAUGGAUGAGGAGAAGAUUGAAGAGUAUCUGAAACGACAGGGUAUUUCUUCCAUGCAAGAAACUGGACCAAAGAAAAUAGCUCCUAUUCAGAGGAGGAAGAAACCCGCUUCUCAGAAGAAACGCCGGUUUAAGAGUCACAAUGACCACUUGGCUGGAGUAUUAAAAGAUUACUCUGAUGUAGUUCCUGGCAAACAGUGACCAGUUGAAAUCUGGAGCAAACAUACAUUUUUAAUAUAUCAGGAUUUUGCCACUUGGGUUCAGUGUCUGCUUCCAGAAAGACUGACUGUAUAUAGUAAUGUGAUGUGUUUCCCCCAUCCCAACAACUGCCCAGGUGAAACAGGUCAGUUUAAGAGCAAGUAUGAACAACUAAGUUUAGAGUUUAAUUAGCUAAUGGAAAAAGUAUCUUUAAGUGAGAGAUUCUCACUAGUUGCCUCUUGGCAUAGUGAUAAAUGGUGCUCAGCAUGUAAUGCAGAAGUUCCUGUUCAAUGCUUAACUCUGCUUUUACAUUGCUUAAUGGGUAUUUACUUGGAAUUACUUAC